ACAUUUCGCGAAGAAAUUGACAACUUUUUUACUUUUUUCGGUAGGAACAAUGAGCAAUGUAGUGUAGUCUAAUGAUUUGUCAAUAUGUUUUCCUUAAUUGUGAUGUAGUUCAUGUUAUUUUAUCUAAUUUAAUUAAUGAUUCGCAUCGAAUUGUGGGUAUUCAACAAUGUGAAAGUGGUUUAUGGGUUACGAUAUCCAAAAAACAUACAACCUCUAGCAUUUGCCCAUUGUAAAGGAGCACCUUCCAUUCAUCGAAUUCAUGUUUGAGUAUGUGUUUCUAAAAAUUCAAUUUAUUCGCUGAAAAUGGAAGAUUUCAAUUUUCUGCAUAAGAAGAAAAGAUUUACGUGUUGUUUCAAACUUGCCAAAAGUUUACCAGUGCUUUUGGUUUGUUCUCUAAUUGGAUACUCGUAUUAUUGUUACAUCAUUCAGUUAUGUCUAGGAACUUUAGAAAACUUUGGAUCUUCUUUACCUCAACAAAUAUUCUACAUAUUGAUUUAUCAUGUCCUGCUGAUAUUACUACUUUGGUCCUAUUGGCAAACCGUUUUCACUUGUACCGGUGCUGUGCCUAAGAGAUUCAAGUUAAGUGAUGAAAUAAUUGAACAGUUCAAAUCUGCAACUAGUGAAGAAGGAAAAUUACAAGCAAUUGAAAAGUAUGGAAACGAUCUACCAAUCGUCACUAGAACAUAUAUCGGUGGUAGAGCCACAUAUCGUUUUUGUUUCGUUUGUAAUCAUUUGAAACCGGAUCGUUGUCAUCACUGUCGGAUUUGCGGCGUGUGUGUACUUAAGAUGGACCAUCAUUGCCCAUGGGUGAACAACUGUAUUUCCUACACGAAUUAUAAAUAUUUCGUAUUGUUUCUGUUUUACGCAUUUAUGUUCUGUUCCUAUAUUGUGAUAACAACGUUACCGUAUUUUUUAUUGAUUUGGAAAAUUAUUUAUUUUCAGCAUUCCGCGUCGCCUUCAGGAGGUAUCCAUAUAUUAUUUUUAUUCAUCAUCGCAGCAAUGUUUUUCCUCAGCAUUAUGUCUAUUUUCACUUACCAUUUGUAUCUCAUUGGGUGUAACAGAACUACUUUAGAGGCUUUCAGAGCGCCAGUAUUUGAGAACGGUAGAGUCGACAAAAACGGAUUCAAUUUAGGCCUAGUGAAUAAUUUCAAGCAAAUAUUUGGAAACAGAUAUGCGUUGUGGCCUUUUCCAAUAUUUACCAGUUUGGGAAAUGGCAUAACAUUUGAACGAGCCCGUCAACAUGCUGACAGGAAAACAUUACUCGAUGAAAAUGAAAAUAAUUCUGAAGAUGAUGCCGAAAUACGAGAUGUAUUCUUCGUGUAAAAGUAAUGUAAACGAUUACGUUUUCUUUGGUAUUGAAAACAUUCUUCAUAACAACACUCAUACGUUCAGUGUUGGAGGGGUGAAUUCUACUUUUAUUUGAGUUUCGUUAAAUUCAGUCAUGAGAAAGAAGAACUAUGAAUUGUGAAGUAAGAUACUUUUGCAUUGAUUUUUGUUACACGUUCUGAGGGCCGUCUUCAAACCACGACCGUCCAUUUUUUAAAUUAAUUGAAACUCGAAAGAAAACCUAAAGAAACCUGGAUUAUAUGCGUUAUACUUUUGAAAUAACUAAUCCUAAAACUAUUCCACGUUGAAUAUUUUCAAGAAGGUUAUUUUUGAGAACCAUCUGGUACGUUUUUUCCCCCGGGGAUGGAAUAAAUUUUCUGAAAUAAAUCAUUUUUCAAGUGUGUUGAAAUACUCAGAUUUGUGUAUUGUAAUUCUCACGAGUAUAUUCUUAUUGUAUCCCUAUUUUAUCUACAUUAUUCAAUUUCAUGAAAAGUGACAUUUUUAUAUAAUUCUGUACAAUUCUUGUACGAAGUAUGAUUCACAUUCAUCUUGAUAAAAUGCUUAUCUGUUUCUCUGAAACUGCAGGUAACAUGUUACUUGACUUGAUCAUCCCUUUCACUUAGGUACUUAAGUAUGUAUUUAUUUUUUAACAAGAAGAUUUCAGAUGAAUGACAUUGAUCAGUAUAUCUUGUAUUAAUAUCUUGAUCAUUAAUAAUUAGUUAUGGAAAUUUUUUUCUAAUUUUGAUCUCAAAUAUUAUUACUUUUAAUAUUCAAGCAAAAAAAACUAUCAUUCUUCCGGCCACUUUCAUUUUCGAGACGUUGGCUCAGUCUUUUUCCUUUUUUCAUUGUACAUAUUUUAUAUUUUAAUUUAAGACUGCAUUUUUUCGUGUUCUAAACUAGUUAAUGUUUUAGUUAAAAGUGGUAGAUUAAUGAAAUCGCCAAUAGUUGCAAGUAAAGUACCUACCUAUAAAUAAUUGCAAUGUACCAACUAUCAAUCAGUUCUAGAGUAGGUAGAGUUGAUCUCGGAAUUGAGUCGUUCAUUUAUCAAACGCGACCAGUCCUUUCGACUGUACCACGUACAAGAAGAAAAAUUGGAUCUAAUAUAUCUUUUAGGUGCAGUUAGAUGGAAUUUUCACGGUUUAAUAAUGAACGGAUUUAAUGAGGCACGUGUGAAAAAAAAAAAACAUAGAAACAUACGUACUUGACCUUCCAUGAUUUUUAUAAAACCAUUUUUCAUAAAAAUAUUUAUUGUUUUUGUUCUUGAAAAAUAUAAUAAUUUUUUGCUUGAUAA